UUGAACCAGCACACUGUUAAUUAAAUUGCUUGUCUAUCUAAACUUGAGCUUCUGCUGCUCAUAUCUAAUGUCCCUGGUAUCUUCUUUGUUGUAUAAGUUGACUUGUGUUCCAUGACCUUGUCUUUUCAUUUAUUACAGUGUGAGCCACUGCCUCAUGUUGUGUUGAUGCUGGUCUGCCAUGCUAGCCUGUUUACCAGGGCCAGGUGACCUGUCCUUUCAGCUUCUUUCUCACACGCAGAUGAACACUGGACUUCAGAAAUGGGACACUACACAGAAAAUGAGAACUGCUCACUAUCCUACCCCAGCAGAAUUGGACGCGUAUGCUAAGAAGGUCGCAAACAACCCACUGACUAUAAAAAUCUUCCCCAACAGUGUGAAGGUUCCCCAGCGGAAACACGUUCGUCGUACUGUGAACGGCCUCGACACAUCAGCCCAGCGCUACAGCCCCUACCCGACUCAGGCUGCCACCAAGGCUGGCCUGCUUGCCAUUGUCAAAGUGCCAGCCAAAAGCAUACUCAAGGACUUUGACGGCACCCGAGCCCGGUUUCUUCCUGAGGCCAUCAUGAAUCCCCCAGUGGCACCCUAUGCUACUGUGGCACCCAGCACUUUAGCUCACCCCCAGGCCCAGGCUCUUGCCCGUCAGCAGGCCCUGCAGCAUGCACAGACCCUGGCCCAUGUUCCUCCCCAGACGCUGCAGCACCCUCAGGGUAUUCCGCCACCACAGGCACUGUCUCACCCUCAGAGCCUCCAGCAGCCUCAGGGCCUGGGCCACCCUCAGCCCAUGGCCCAAACCCAGGGCUUGGUUCACCCUCAGACCCUAGCUCACCAGGGUCUCCAGCACCCUCCCAAUCCCUUGCUGCAUGGGGGCCGGAAGUUGCCAGACUCAGAUGCCCCCCCGAAUGUGACUGUGUCUACCUCAACUAUCCCCCUUUCAAUGGCGGCCACCCUGCAGCACAGCCAGCCCCCGGACCUGAGCAGCAUCGUGCACCAGAUCAACCAGUUUUGCCAGACGAGGGCAGGCAUCAGCACUACCUCAGUGUGUGAGGGCCAGAUCGCCAACCCCAGCCCCAUUAGUCGCAGUCUGCUCAUCAAUGCAAGCACCCGGGUGUCGACCCACAGUGUCCCCACACCAAUGCCUUCAUGUGUGGUCAAUCCUAUGGAGCACACCCAUGCGGCCACAGCCGCAUUGCCUGCUGCAGGUCCUGUCAACCUGCCUACAGGCAUCUCUCGAGCCCCUGCUGGCUACCCUAGCGACCUCAAACCAGUCGCCUGGAACCAGCACCAGCUGGCCCACCUACAACAGAUGUGCAGCGAGGCUGGUGGGACUCCAGCCCCUGGCAUCACAGGCAAGCAUGCAGCAGGACGUGAGUUGACAGGGCCUGGUUUUGUGGGCAAGGCCCCUGCCUACCCACAGGAACUCUGCCUGGCACAGUCCUUCCAUCUGAAACAAACCCUGGAGAAGCCGACCCCAUCCCCACCAGUCAACGGCCUGGCAGCCCCACUGGCCUAUCCCAAUGGUCACUACUUCCAACCCCUGUGGAACAACAUUUUGCCCACUCCCAAUAGCGACAGCUCAGGGUCUCAGGACCUCACCAUGCCAUUCCACGGUGGGCAGCCCACAGGGGCACCCCUCGACUGCACGGCAGCUUCUGGGGCCCACUACCGAGCAGGGACUGGGGGUGGUCCCGUGGCAAGCCAGAACAGCUUGAUGCAAACGGUGGAUUACCUGAGUGGGGAUUUCCAACAGGCCUGCUUCAGAGAACAGAGCCUGGCUCUGCUGGGCAAGGCCCACCGAGCCCCUGGCACUCGAGCCCCUGAUCCCACAGAUAGUCGAAGUCUUCAUAUUCAGCACCCGGGGUAUAGAUAGGGAACCAUGGUGCCCUCCUCAAGCAACAUGUCAUACAUUGCCCUCCAAGGUUUAGUCUUACUUUUAAGUAACUGGAUAGUUUCAAAGUUUCACUACUCCAAUGUGAUCAUUCUUAGAUGUCUUAAGAAAGGGAACUUGGCAGGGUCUAAUUGGGGGCAGAAGGGGUUCUUUUAUCUUCCCCUCCAGCAACUUUUGGUUUUAUGGUAGAGCCUAAUUCUAAACACAGACUUUUCUCUCGCCUACCUGCCUAUCAGCUUUUCCACAUUGGCCAUUUCAACCAGCCCUGUCUCAUCUUUUCCUGAACCUCCACCUAUUUCUCUUAGGACUGAGGUGUGACUGAGGGGAAGAGCCCAGUCCCCUAAACUAAGCCUCUUCCUAUCUCCCUAUUUGGGACUAAGAAGCCAGACUUUGCAUGUGCUCUAGAAGCUAAUUCCUUAUUCAUCCAAAGAUGUCAAAUCAGAACCCACCCAAUCUUCAUUUCCUCUCAGUUCCUGUACAUUACAGAGGCUUUGUUUUGCAUUUACAUUGAUCCCUUAGUCACUGUACUUGUCACACUCAACCUCAGGGGCAUCCUGCAGGUAUUUGGCUAUAGCCUUGAGACAUGGAGAAAAUUCUGUUCUUGUAUUGGCAUCUUGGUUCCUGACACCCCCUUUCAGACCUAGAGAAAUGCAGUGGCUAUCUGACAUACCCAAGAUCCCCUUCUAUCUUAACUGCUGUCCUCAUCCCUACCUCCACUCUCCCUUAAAAAAAAAUAAAAAUAAAACUACCUUACUUGAGGAAUUAGGUAGGCAAGGGAUGAUCACAUUGGAGUUUGGAAUUUAGAACACCAAAAAAAAAGAAAAAAAAAAGUUAAAAUGCAUUCUGUUCUCUCUACACUGGCUAAGACUAUUGCUCUACACUGUAAGUUAAAUGUCAUUGUUUCUGUAUGAAUGUAGUGUGGGUUUGAGUAGCAUUGUGUAUGAGUGGCCCCACAGGUACAUUCACCUCGUAGUCACCUACUUUUGCAGCCCCUCAGUUUAAUGAAGGAGAAGAAAAAAAAAAAAAAAAACACAAAGCCUUAAGCUCUUUGAAUUCUUCCUCUACCAAAUGAGCAUGGUCCUGACUGCUGGAGGGGCCCACAUUGGAAACCGCCCCUUGCCCCUCGUCCAUUCUCAGAGCAUCCCCCAUCCACUCCAUGCCCAACAUGUCUCAUUCCCAAGUGACAAAUUAGUUGGCUAGAAAUUCAGCGCUUUUCUGUAACUUUAGACGAUUUUGUUGUAAAUUUUUGCACCUGCCUUCUGUUAAAGAUGCAUAGUGGGCUCUUUUUGUUUGUUUUUAACAAACAAAUAAGCCCUUACCUUUCUUCUUGUUUCUGGGGAAUGUGAGCUGAUACUUUUAUUUAAAGAUUUUGGGUUCUGUUUACUAUCCACUGUUCCUUAGCCAGAAAUUCUCUAGUGAUCUGAAGCAAUGUGACUGAUGACCAGUUUUUAAAUUAUGUGUUGGCAAGUUGCCUUAUAUUUAAAAAGAAAAAAAAAAAAAAAGAAAAAUGCCUGAUGUGU